GCAACAUGUAAGGAAGAUUGAUACCCAUCUAAGUAGAAGAAUAGAAAAUAAGAUUUAAAAAAAUUAGCAAAAACCAAAGAGGGUAUGGUCAAACCUGUGAGACGUACAGCCGAUGGAAAAAUCGAGCGUGUCGCCGGCGGGUCUUCACCUUCGUGCUUCCGUCUUCAAUUUCAGAAUUCGUGAAUGAGUGGAGGCUGAUCUCCUACCUUUCUGCGCAAUUGAUCUCCUGUCUACACCUUCGUGCUUCCGUGCUUCCGUCUUCAAUUUCAGACUUAGCAAUUGAGAGGAAAUAGAGAUUUGCCUACCGGGCCUUGCAAGACAAGCGAUCGUUAAUCGGAGAAGACGAUCCUCUGCAGCAUCCGUCGGUUAAGCUUGACAAUCGUGCUGACGGAGAGCCUUGCUUUGAAUUUUCCCAGCAUUUGUUGGCCUAAGCUUGGCAUUGGGAACAAGCAUCGCCGGCCAUCCGUUAGCCGAAGGCCGUAUCUCCGCCGGCAGCUUCCCCAUCGAAGUUUGAAUUGUCCCUGGCAAUUUGACACUGUGCCUAAUAUCUCGAAGAAACUGAACAGAAGUUUAUGUUCAUGGUUGGCUACAUACAGUAAGCCUUAAAAGAUGGAAGAAGAAGAAAAGAGGGAGGUUUUCUUUGAGACACGCCAUCACGCUUCUGGGCCUUAUUGCUCCAAUUAUCCGCCUACUUUCAGGAAUCAGCAUCAAGAGCAGAGGGAAGGUUCUAAAGGGAGUUACCUCUCAAGAUUGCUUUCUUCCCGAGGUAUUGCUCAAAUUAAGGAGAAAUGGAGCACCUACAAGCUUCCAAAAAGAUCAAGGAAAUUUGCAUCCCUCUUUGUUUCCCCCGGGGGUGAUCUCGUGGCUGUAGCAACUGGGAACCGGAUAACAAUAUUGAAGAAGGAGGAUGACUACCAGGAACCCCGUGGAAUUUUUACCUGCGAAAACAAUACUACAAUUUUGUUUGGAGCUUGGGCAGAAACUCAUGAUUCACUUGGUGUUGUUGAUGAUGCGGAUACACUUUAUCUAAUAAGAGGUAAUGGUGAAGAGAUAACAAGAUUUCCAAAGAGGCUCUUGAAAGCAUCUUCACAAAUAGUAGGCUUAGUGGUGCAAGAUGACAUUAAUGUGAAGACGUCAUGCUUGUGUACAUUCCUAGUUUUCACUUCGGAUGGUUCAUUUCAUGAAGUUGAGAUCAGUCAAGAUCCUGGCGCUUCUGUUUUCUCUAGAUCUUCCUCAACUAGUGACUUAAUACAUAAGCAUCACUUGCCUCAGCAUAUUGUUUGCCUCGAUUACCAUCCAAAACUGUCUUUGUUAUCUUUAGUACAUUAUGCUGGUAGUAUGCAAUCAGCAUCCAGUGGCAGUGGAUUGUACAAUGUUUCUCUAUGGCAAAGAAGCAGUAACUUGAACUUCAAACUGAUGGGUUCAGCUCAAUUUGAGGGCUCAAUUUUCAUUCCAAAAGGUAAUGUAGAUCAAAUGGCACUGCCAAAGGUGCGCAUUUCAGCACAAGGAAAAUUUGUUGCUGUUCUGGAUGUGAAAGGCCAUUUGGUUGCUUUUAAGUUUGAUAAUGAACUCCAGUCUCUCUCAUUUACUUCUGGAGAAGGACACAAUUCAGAUCUAAUAAACAGCAGGCUGAGUCCAGUAAAUAAACACUUCGAUGAAAUAGUGGAUUUUGCCUGGUGGUCUGAUAAUAUUAUUACCUUAGCAGAAAGGAGUAGAAGGAUCACCAUGUUUGAUAUGUAUGCUGGUGUGAAUUUAUUGAGAACUGAUAUUAAGUAUUCACUGCCCCUUCUUGAGAGACCACAAAAUCUCUCUGGAAAGCUUUUCCUUUUAGAAAGUAAGUCCCCUGCUGGAAAUUACUCAGCAUCUCAAGAGAUUGGUGCAAGAGAUGUGCGUCAUAUAGAGUGGAACACUGUUGAUGCGGAUAACCAGAGUAAUUGGGCCAAAAUGGAUUGGAGCUUGAUCUCAUUUUUGGAACGAUCUGUUCUAGAAAUGUAUACCGUACUAAUUGCUCAGCAUGAAUAUGAGGCUGCUCUCCGCUUUGCAGAUCACCAUUGUCUUGAUAAAGAUGAAGCACUGAAGUCACAGUGGCUCCAUUCUUCCCAUGGAAGAAAUGCAAUAAAGACUUCACUUGCAACUAUAAAAGAUAAAAAAUUUGUUCUCAAUGAAUGUGUUGAUCGAUUUGGACCAACAGAAGAUGCAGUGAGGGAUUUGCUUGAUCAUGGAUUCCUCCUGACAGACUCCUAUCGGUUUUCCAACUCUGAAGGUAUUGAGCAAAAUGAAAUUUGGGAUUUCCGCCUGACUAGGCUGAGGUUGCUGCAGCUGAAAGACAAGCUAGAGACAUUUCUUGGCAUAAACAUGGGCAGGUUUUCUAUGCAGGAGUACAAGAAAUUCUGUAAUCUGCCCAUUAAAGAAGCAGCCAUUGGGCUUGCAGAAAGUGGAAAGAUUGGGGCACUAAACCUUAUGUUCAAACGCCAUCCUUAUUCUUUGACUGCUUGUAUGUUGGAUGUCUUGUCUGCUAUCCCUGAAACUAUUCCAGUUCAUACAUAUGUACACCUACUUCCUGGAGAAUCUCCUCCAAAUAUUGCUUUAAGGGAAGACGACUGGGUUGAAUGCCUUGAGAUGGUUUCUUUUGUCAGCAAAACCCCUGAGAACCACCAGAGCAGAACUCAGAUCAGAACUGAAUCAAUUGUCAAGCAAUCUGUGGGGUAUCACUGGCCUUCACUUACUGAACUAUCUUCGUGGUAUAAAAAUAGAGCCAAAGAUAUUGAUACUUUUAGUGGGCAACUAGACAAUUGCAUCUCCUUAAUUGAGUUAGCUUGUCGGAAAGGUAUUCAUCACCUGAAACCAUUUCUAGAGGAGAUCUCAUACUUGAGAGAACUUGUAUAUUGCAACGAGGAUGAUGACACAAUGAAUUCUUCUAUGAGUCUUUCAACGUGGGAAAAUUGGCCUAAUUAUGAAAGGUUUAAGUUGAUGCUAGUUGGGGUCAAUGAGGAAAAUGUUAUUAGAAGAUUACAGAAUAUAGCAAUCCCAUUCAUGAAGAAGAAAUGUCAUUUGAUGACUGUGGUUCCUGAAGAUGUGGAGCAACCCUCCACUUUAGUUAACUCAGCCGAGUCAUUUUUGGUCAGAUGGCUGAAAGAAAUUGCUUCAGAAAAUAAGUUAGAAAUUUGUUCAAUUGUGAUUGAAGAGGGAUGCAGGGGUGUUCAUAAUAAUUGUUUUUUCAGUGAUGAAGUUGAACUGGUAGAUUGUGCUUUGCAUUGCAUAUACUUGUGUUCUGUUACUGAUAGAUGGAGUAUUAUGGCUUCUAUCUUGUCCAAACUUCCAAACAUAAGAGAGUUUGGUGAUGCACAUCUCAAGGAAAGAUUUCGACUGUCUGAAGGUCACAUUGAAGCCGGAAGGCUUUUAGUAUAUUACCAAGUUCCCAAGCCUAUUAGCUUUUUCCUCGAAGCUGGUUCAGAUGGAAAGGGAAUAAAGCAGAUUCUUCGGCUUAUACUAUCCAAAUUUAUUCGUCGGCAACCAGUCCAGACGGAUAGUGAAUGGGCAAAUAUGUGGCGUGAUUUGCAAUAUCUUCAGGAGAAGGCAUUUCCUUUCAUAGACCUGGAAUAUGUCUUGAUGGAGUUUUGCAGGGGAUUGUUGAAAGCUGAAAAAUUUUUGCUUGCUAGGAGCUAUUUGAGGGGUGCUGGUUCUGUAUCUUUGGCAACCGAUAAAGCAGAAAAUCUUGUCAUUCAAGCUGCACGAGAGUACUUCUAUUCUGCAUCAAGUCUUGCCUGUUCUGAGAUCUGGAAGGCUAAGGAAUGUCUCAACAUCUUGCCGAACAACAGAAGUGUGAUUGCUGAGGCUGAUAUCAUUGAUUGUGUAACUGUUAAGCUUCCAAACCUUGGAGUGACCCUCUUGCCUAUGCAAUUCAAGCAAAUUAAAGAUCCAAUGGAAAUAAUCAAGUUGGCAAUCACAAGUCAAACCGGAGCAUAUCUGAAUGUUGACGAAAUCAUUGAAAUAUCCAAACUUCUCGGUCUGAGUUCUCAGGAUGACAUAUCAGCUGUACAAGAAGCUAUUGCAAGAGAAGCUGCAGUUGUUGGAGAUCUUCAACUGGCUUUUGAACUUUGCCUGAUUUUGUCCAAAAAGGGACAUGGACCAGUUUGGGAUUUAUGCGUGGCACUGGCAAGAGGCCCCGUUCUAAAUAACAUGGACAUUAGCUCUCGAAAGCAUCUGUUAGGGUUUGCUUUGAGUCACUGUGAUGGAGAAUCGAUUGGAGAGUUACUGCAUGGAUGGAAAGAUCUAGAUAUACAAAUGCAAUGUGAUUCUUUAAUAAUAAUGACAGGAAAAGAACCUCAACCCUUCUCAGUUCAAGAUUCUUCUUAUCACCAGCUCCAUGGCGUCAACAAAGUUGGCGAUAUCACUUUCUUUGAUCAGGAAGCACAACUGAACCACAUAAAGGGCUUCCUUUCUCAGGUGGCAAAAGAGUUACACAUAGAGGGUGAUGCCUGUUUUGAAACAAUUCUUAGAGACAAUGGGAAAAUACUAUCCUUUGCUGCUAUGCAGCUUCCUUGGUUGAUUGAACUAAUUCAUGAAGCUGGAAAUGGUAAGAAACUCAUGCCAAACUCUGUUUCCAGGAAGCAAUAUAUAAGUGUUAGAACAAAAACAAUCAUUGCUAUUUUGUCCUGGCUGGCAUGGAAUGGUUUUGCACCAAAGGAUGAUCUGGUUGCAUCUCUAGCAAAAUCAAUCAUGGAACCACCUGUAUCUGAAGAGGAAGACAUCAUAGGGUGCUCCUAUUUGUUAAAUCUUGUUGAUGCUUAUUAUGGAGUGGGAAUAAUUGAAGAAAACUUGAAAAGUAGGGAGACUUAUAGUGAAAAAACUAGCAUUAUGAAUGUUGGGAUGAUUUAUGGUCUACUAAAUAACAGUGGAGCCAUGUCCGAAGAACCUGCUCAAAGGAGAGAGCUAAUUAUAAGGAGUUUCCAACAGAAUAAAUCAAUUACUUCAGAUGAGAGAGACAGAAUAGACAAAGCACAAUCUACGUUCUGGAAGGAAUGGAAAAUGAAAUUAGAAGAUCAGAAGCGUUUGGCAGACCAUUCAAGGGUUUUGGAACAGAUGAUUCCGGGUGUUGAAGUGGAACGCUUUUUGUUAGGAGACUUGGACUACAUUGAAAGUUCCAUUCUGUCAAUAAUAAACUCUGUGAAGCGGGAGAAGAAAUAUAUAUUGAAGGAUGUGUCAAGUUUGGCACUUACUUACGGCUUGGAUCGGUGCAAGCUGAUCUUGCAAUGCCUGAAGUCAAUGUUCAUAUCUGAGGCUUGGAGUGUUCACGAUUUAGUAACUGAAGUAUCAGAAUUCAAAGGAGAGCUUCAUGGAUGUGCCAAAGAAACUAUAAAAUAUUUCUCUUUGUUCAUCUACCCUUCACUCAAUGGGUAUGACAAAGAUCGCCUCACUUUCAUGUAUAGCAUACUCUCUGAUUGCUCGUCGAGUCUCGCAGAACAAAAUGAACCAAUACCUAUUAUGGAUCAGGGUCCAAUGUCCCAAACUUCCACUUGGUAUGCCCACUUUUACAAAGUUGCUGCAGAGGAAUGUAAUAGAGUCUCCUCUAUUUUGAGCUUAAACUUCAAAAACAUUGCUGGAUUGCAAGGCCUGAAAUUGGAAUCCUUCAAUAGUGAAGUUUGUGCACACAUAAAUGAAAACAAUGUUGAUCUCUUGGCCAAGAUGGUCCAGAACCUUGUUGAAUCUUGUGAAGAUACAGUGCAAGAUGACAUCAUUUCAUGGCAUGGCGUUUAUGCACGUUAUAUACUGGAUUUGUUGAUCGCUUUGGAGACUAGGGGAAGUACAGAAAUGGCUCAUUUCGAAAGCUUUCUUAACUUUCUGAGUCAGCUUGAACAAACCUAUGAUCUUUGUAGAAAGUAUCUAAAGUUCAUUUCAAGGCCUUUAGUCACUGAAAUAACAAGACGGUUCUUGACUGCGGUAGUGCCUGCAGUGAAAACUCUUAAGCCUGGAUGGAAGGUAAGCCUUGUCAUGUUUGUGGAUAUCUGGCUUAGAAUUCUUGAUGAUCUUUGUGCACUUCCAGCUGCUUCUUCAUCCGAGGUGUUUGUUUCAGAAAUUUCAGUUAUAUGUCUUAGAGCUUUCCGGAACCUCAUCGAGCAAGAAAAAAUUUCACCGAAUCAGGGCUGGGCUGCAGUUCUGUACUUUCUUAGCUAUGGCCAUGUAUCAGAGUCUUCCAGAGAGGUCUUUAAUAUCUUCAGGGCUAUGAUCUUCGCUGGCUGUGGGUUUGAAUCCAUUUCUGGUGUAUUUGUUGAGACAACAAUAUGUGAAAGAACACGUGAUCUUCAAGAUCUCUAUAUAAUAAUAUUGAAUGCAAUUUUGCAAGAUCUGGAUAGUCAAUCCCUCGAGGAGUAUCAGUGUCUACAUCACCUUUUGUCAUCUUUGAGCAGAUUGGAGGGUGAAAUAGAGACCCUACAGACCAUAAGGAGGGCAGUGUGGGAGAGAAUGGCUGAAUUUUCAGACAACUUAAAGAUUCCUAGCCAUGCUCGUGUUCACAUAUUGGAACUCAUGCAUUUCAUUUCAGCUUCUUCUUCUUCUAGUAGUAGACAUAAUAAUAUGAAGAAGGGGGUUUCCUCUGAGUUUCAGACUAACCUUCUUCCUUGGGAAGGUUGGGUGAAUUUUCAGCAGGGUGUAACCACGAGUAGCCAGAAGACGGUCGAUGACGAGAUUCCAAACACUUUAGCCGCACUCAAGUCAACGCGGUUGGCUUCUACAAUCUCACCUGCCCUGGAGGUCAAACCAGAAGAUCUUCUUACUCUUGAUUCAGCCAUUUCAUGUUUCUUUAAAAUUUCUUCACAUGUGGUAUCGGAGCCUCAUGUUGACACUUUGCUGGAUAUUUUGAGAGAGUGGGAGGGUCUGUUUUCUUGUGGGAAUGUUGACUCGGUCAAUACAUCCAAUGGUGGGAAUGAUUGGGAAAACGAUGACUGGGGAGAUGAUGAUGGUGGCUGGGAAAGCUUCCCAGAAGAUAAAACUCAGCUGGGAACGAAGAAAGAUGAGACCUUUUCCACCCAUCCAUUUCAUAUGUGCUGGUUGGAGAUCUUCAAGAAACUGCUAACAAUGUCUCGGUACAAGGAUUUGUUGAGAUUGAUCGACCAAUCCAAUGCACAAACUAAUGAAGUUUUUCUUGACGAGGAAGGUGCCCGUAGUUUGACCCAAAUUGCACUUGAGAUUGACUGCUUGCUAUCACUCAAACUGAUGCUUAUGUUCCCUUACAAACAAAUGCAGCUUCAGUGCCUGGACGCAGUCGAACAAAACUUGAAAAACAAAGGCAUAUCGGACGACAUCAGCCGCGACCAUGACUUUUUAAUUCUUGUUUUAUCAUCAGGACUCAUCUCCACCAUUGUGUCUGAUUCUUCUUAUGGUUCUGUUUUCUCUUACCUAUGUUACAUGGUUGGAGACCUCUUGCGACUGUGCCAUUAUGGUGAGUCUGUUGAAGGUUACGGCAUUAUGGACUCUUUUGUUUUUACAGAAGUUGUCUUCCCCUGUUUUAUAUCAGAGCUCAUAAAAGCAGAUCAGCAGAUCCUAGCUGGACUUCUGGUCACCAAACUCAUGCACACAAAUGCUUCUGUGAGUUUGAUCAACAUUGCAGAGGCUAGUCUCAGGAAGUAUUUGGAAACGCGGGUCCGAGUACUUCCAGAGACUGAGUCGUCCCUGGAUAAUCUUGACAGGUCCGAGUUUCUCACUUGCUCGUUAUCCAAUCUGAGGGGCAAAAUGGGAAGUCUGGUGCACUCUGCAUUGUCGUCGCUGUCUUUCAGAGGCCGAUGAUAACCCUUGAGAUUAUUGUUCAGUUUUUGUUUACUUUCAGGUGCGUGGAAAUGCUAGAGGAGCUAGUCUAGGAGAGCAAGAAAUGCACAAUGUGUUUUUUCAUAGUGUAUAUGUUCAUGACUACCUUCACAAUCUUAUUUGAAUUCAAUAUAGGAAGAAGGGUCAAAUUGGAUUCUAUGAUUUUCCCCACAAAUCCUAACCUCCACGGAUAUCCAUAUCUCCCAGUGUACUUUUUUUUGAGGAAUUUACGUAAUUAGUAUUAAAAUAUAACUUUCCUA